AUGAAGGGUCAAAUUACUGCGUCUCUCGGCUUUUUUGCCAAAUUGGCUCUCUCUCAGUCUGUCAUCUACAGCGGAAGUGGAUAUGGAACAUACUACUACGAUAUUCAACACCCUCAAUCCUGCGGCCAGGAUCUCUCGGUCGCAAACACGGGCAAUGUCGAAUGCAGCCAGUUUAUCGCCCUGAACUUGAACCAAAUUAACAGCAACAAUCUUGUUGCUAUGAACCACAGUUUGAUUGCCAGUAACCUGGCCCAGUACUGUGGUAGACAGGUUGUUGUCAGCGUUAAUGGACAACCGUCAAGCACUCCAUUCUUUAUUGGUGAUGGCUGUGAGCGAUGCGGUACUGGAUCGUCUACUGGUCCAUGGAACCCGAACGGAGCUCCUGGACUGGAUUUCAGUUUCUCUGCUCUCAGCGCAUUGAACUCAAAUGCAUGCAACAACGGACACAUCGAUAUCAGCUGGCAAGUCUUGGAUACGACUCUUUACAACUUCGAUACCAACGCCCCAGGCCAGCCAGAGGGCCCCGUCAGCGGCGGCGGCAACCCUGGAAACGGUGGUGGUUCAACCUGCACUUGGGCAGGCCACUGCCAGGGCGCGAGCUGCUCCUCAGACAACGACUGCUCUGACUCGCUCGUUUGCAACAGCGGCGUAUGCAGCGCUGACUCAGGUAGCAGCGGCUCUACUCCACCAGCAACUUGCAGCUGGGAAGGCCACUGCCAGGGCGCAAGCUGCUCCUCAGAUGACGACUGCUCUGACUCGCUCGUUUGCAACAGCGGCAAAUGCAGCCCUUAA